GUCAGCGGCAACAAGGUGCAGACUUCACUACAGCUUCUCUGCAAUACAACUAGAAGCCAAUUAUGGAUAAAGAUUAUGUCGGCUUUGCUACCCUGCCCAGCCAAGUUCACAGGAAGUCUGUGAAGAAGGGCUUUGACUUCACAUUGAUGGUAGCAGGAGAAUCCGGACUGGGAAAAUCCACUCUUGUCAAUAGCCUUUUCUUGACAGACCUGUACAAAGAGCGAGUGCUUCCAGAUGCAGAAGCCAGGAUCCCGCAGACUAUGGAAAUUGUCAAGCAUGCAGUAGAUAUUGAAGAAAGAGGGGUGAAAGUGAAAUUGACGGUGAUUGAUACCCCAGGAUUUGGGGACGCGGUGGACAACACUGAAUGCUGGAAGCCGAUCGCCCAUUACAUUGAUUGCCAGUUUGAACAGUAUUUCCGGGACGAAAGCGGCUUGGACCGCAAGAACAUUCAGGACGGCCGGGUCCACUGCUGCCUCUAUGUCCUGUCACCUUUUGGACAUGGGCUUCGCCCCCUAGACAUUGCAUUCCUCCGGGCCAUGCAUGACAAAGUCAAUAUUGUGCCAGUGAUCGGAAAAGCAGACUGUUUGACUCCGAUGGAAGUACAGCGCAAGAAGAAGAAGAUCCGGCAGGAAUUAGAAGAAAAUGGGAUCAACAUUUAUGAAUUCCCCGAUUGUGACUCAGAUGAAGAUGAAGAGUUCAAAGCUCAGGAUGCUGAGAUGAAGCACAGCAUCCCCUUUGCUGUAAUUGGAUCUAGUCACGUGGUCAGAGAGUUGAAGGACAAAGUGUUCCGGGGAAGGCAAUACCCCUGGGGAACAGUGGAAGUGGAAAACUCUGCUCACUGCGACUUCAUCAAACUUCGGAACAUGUUGAUUCAAACCCAUAUGCAGGACUUAAAGGAUGUGACCCAUGAGGUUCAUUACGAAAACUACCGUGCCCAAUGCAUUCAAAGCCUGACCAGAACUGGGGUUCGGGACCGCAGCAGCCGCGCGAAACUGUCACGCCAAAGUGCCACUGAGCUGCCACUCCUGCCUCUGGCUGAGACCGAGAAACUGAUUCGCGAGAAAGACGAGGAGCUCCGCCGGAUGCAGGAAAUGCUCCAGAAAAUGCAGGCCCAGAUGCUGCAGAACCAGGGGGAGCAAUGCGACAGCCUCUGAAACGCAGCGGAGCCACUUUUCCAUACUGCCACAGGAGUCCUAGAGAGGAGAGGGACACCAGCCUACUUCCACGUGACCAGGGUCCAAAGAGGACCACUAGCUUUGGACAUGGCCGUGUCAGUGUGGGUGGGUGGGUAUGCUCGCGUUUGUGGUACAGAGAAGAGGGGACCACUUAACAAAUCCCCCCUCUGGCUAACAUGUCUCUCUCUCUCAUAUAUAGCCUUUUUCCUUUCUAUCAGUCACCCCCAAGUGGUGCCAACCUAUGGGCAUAGUGCUGCUUCAAUAAAAAUGUAAGACUAGUUAAUGAAAAUAAAACCUAUUUUACAAGGUUAA